GUUUCAUUCGGUCCAGUACGUUGCUAACCGUGGAAAUCCUCGUAGGCUACUGCACCGCGUUACCCUUGGGUUGUGGCUUGGGUUGAGUUGGGCUUUUGGACGCCUGGCAAUGCAGAUGCAAUGCGAUACAUGAAUAUGCAAUCCUGAAUUUAUCUUGGUUCUCUAGUUGGGCUCUGGUGCUCAAUGCACCUCUGUAGCCAUGACGGCUGACACAGAAAAUAAGAGCAUGCACUGCCUGCUGUGUAAUAGCAGAGUUGGUGUGUCAACUAGGAACAGUUGUCCAAUUUUCCAGCAAAAUGUCACAACAUCAGAUCGAACUGUUGCUGCUACGCUUGGGCUUGUACUUAACCAGGAAUUGACCGAAGAAACUGUACACAGUGAUGUGGUGUGCAAGAAAUGCCUUAAGCUGUUGAAUGAAGUAGACUCACUAGAGGAAAGACUAGCCGAAUUACGCAUGGAACUCUCCACUAAUUAUAAUCGAACUUUAGCAAAACGUAAUGGUGAAGAAGCUGAAGAAGAUCUUGAUAAUGAUGAUGCUUUAGGUGAAGCUGGCUGGGCUCCUGAUGACAGGGAAUAUAAGCCUCAAAUUAAGCUACCUCUUGAAGAUGGCAAUGCUCAACCAUCUGGCAGAGGCCGCAAGAAAACUAUUGUCAAGCGGAUAAUCAAACUAGAACAUGCAGAUGGUGAACAAAAGGAGAAUGAAGGAGAGGGAACCAUUGUAGAGGAGUUUGAAAUUGAGUAUGAUGCUGCUGACGUACCUGAGGGUGCAGAGGGUGCAAAGGAGGGAGAAGACGCAGAAAAUUCAGGGGAGGGAUCUGGAGUGGUACCCAAGACCGAGGAUGGACAAGAACAACCAAAGAAAGUUUCUUACCCUCAAGUUAAGAGAAGAAGGAGAAUGCCCAAGAAGCGAGGCCGUAAGCCAGCAAUUAAAGUUAAACCCGAAGAGACAAGACUUGUUGAGGAAAUGGUUGCUCGAGAAGACAAUCAAUAUGUUUGCUUGGUUUGCACUGAUCAAAAGGUCAUGGGUGAUGACAAGACUAUGACAGCUCACAUGCGUGAUGUUCAUGAGUUCAGGCUGUAUGUUUGUGACAUUUGUGGUGCAGUAUUUAGGAAGCGCACAGAAAUGUCUCUUCAUUUGGAUGAACAUGUGGCUAAUGAGCAAGGUGAUUUCCAGUGUGAAGUGUGCAAUCGCAUAUUUAGCAACCUAAGACUUUUCCGUAUACACAAAAGAAUGCAUUAUCCAUCCACCAAACUUCAUACAUGUGAAACAUGUGGAAAGCGUUACAGUUCUCGCAAUUUACUGGAGGAGCAUAUUAAUACCCACACUGGAGCAAGACCCUAUGUAUGCCAAUGUGGUAAAAGUUUUGCCUCAAAGUACACUUACAAGGCUCACGUCAAGAUCCAUGAAUCACGUCCACGCCCCUAUGCAUGCACUGAAUGUGACAAAACAUUCCUAACUUCCCAGAACCUUACUCAGCAUCUCCGAACUCACUCAGAAGUUAAGAAUUUCAUAUGUAAACAGUGUGGAAAAGGAUUUGGGACUGCUCGUAAUUUGGAGGUACAUGCAAUUGUCCAUACUGGAUUUAAGCCAUUUAUCUGCAGGAUGUGUGGAAAAGCAUUUGCUCGAAAGGCUGAAAUUCGAGAUCAUGAACGAACACACACAGGAGAAAAACCUUACCAGUGUGAGUUCUGCGGUGCUACCUUCAGUCAACGUAGUAAUUUGCAGUCUCACAAACGAGCUACGCAUUAUGAUGACAAGCGUUACAAGUGUACUGAGUGCACCAAAGCAUUCAAGAGACGAAGGCUUCUAGAUUACCACAUGAAAGCAGCUCAUACUGGCGAGAGACCAUACAAGUGCAACACCUGUGAUGCCACUUUUGUGUAUCCUGAGCACUUCAAAAAACAUCGCCGUAUUCAUACUGGUGAAAAACCUUACCAUUGUGAGGUGUGUGGAAAAGCAUUCAACAGCCGUGACAAUCGUAAUGCUCAUAGAUUUGUGCACAGUGACAAGAAACCAUAUGAGUGUCUUGUAUGUGGAAUGGGCUUUAUGCGGAAACCUCUCCUUUACAAUCAUAUGCAAUCUCAGGGUCAUUUGAAUGACACUAUUGUUGUCAACCAGCCCAGACUGACAACAGAAGAAGACAUUAUGGCAGAAGGAACUGAGGAAAUGGAAAUGACAAUUGUUGGUGAAGACGAGUUGCAAGGAGGACACCCUGUUUACAUUGCUGAACUGAAAGAUCAUGUUAUUAUUCAAGAGGGUGAAGAUGGUUCUGAACGAAUUGUGCUAAGAGAUGGUCAGGAUCUGAGAGAACUGACAGAACACCACAUAGUAACUGAGGGUGGAGUUGGUCACCUGAUUAUUGAUGGGCAGGCAAUCCAGUUUGCUGACGCCUCAGACCUUGCUGGAAUUGAACAUGUUGAAAACGAGGCUGGGGAAACUUUCACCAUUGGUGGUCAUCGCACUCUGGUGGUCCCAGCUACCCCACAUAUGGCAAACUAUGCAGAUGUUGUGGAACAAGAUGGAGAUGGAGAGGUGAUAACUGCAACUAUUCCUGAAGGAGAGGGGCAAACCAUUGAUGGGCAAUCAGGACCUGUUCACCUUGUUCAAAUCAAGAUUCCAACUGGCAAUGAGAAAGCUUGGUUAAAUAUUGUUCCAUCUUCAUAAUAUCUUUAAUUUGGAUGAUAAGCUAAACCCUAGUUUGAUUUUAUUUUCUUUGAUUUAUGGCUUUCAACUUCUUUUAGUGUAAAAACACUUUGUAAAUAUUGGUAACAAAUAAUGUCUAUCUUAAGUUUAAGAGCAACAAUUUUGAAGAGUAAUUAUAUCCUUAAUUCACUCAUAAGUUGUUGUUGGAGAUUGGAAUUGUUAUCAACUCUUCCAGUUUAUUUUUUGGUGUUUCUUAAACCCUGCUAACUAUGGGUUAAGUUAGACCCAGCUCCGUAGACUGGACACGUUUUUCAGAAGUUUAAUUUCCUUUUUCUGACACCCAAAGAUAGGAUCAAGUCAACAAUGAAUUGUAAUUCAUUCUGUUAACAAUGCAGUUUUAUCUAUCUAUUAAUAUUAAAAUAUACAGUAGUUAGGUGUAUCUUUUAUUUGCUUAAGUGUAGAUGACAUAGUUUUGGUGACUUCCUUGAAUUGCUGCUGAUUUUCUGUAUCUGUUGGUAGUUUUUUUCUAUUAGGGGCAAAAACAAGAGUUGCUCACCUAUUUCUUACUUGUUUCUAGGUGAGUGUACUUGUCAUUAUGAUAUGUUGUGAGUUUUUAUGAGGGAAAUUGUGGAUAUUUUGAAUGUUAAGUGGUCUCUGGUUGUCAACCUUCAAGAAAAUGAAUAUAUAGUUGAAUUAUUUUAAGAAACAUUAAGGAACUUAGUGUAUGGAUUGUCAAUAUUUCAGUGAGCAUUCUUUGGUAGUUAUGUGAUAAUGUGCAUGAACAUUUGUGAAAACACAGAUUACCGAUGUCAUUAAUAGUGGACUCAAGUGAAAUAAUUAUUCAUUCGUGCUUUGUUGUCUCUAAUUUUAUUUAAGUGGAUCAAUUGUGCAUGGAAUUUUCUUUUAGUUUUCUAGGUUCACUGUAUACAUGUAAAGAUUUUACUUAAGAAUUUAAACACAUAGUUUCCAUCCAGCUUUCUCAGAAAUAAAUGCCUGCUCUAGAUCCCAAUCAAUAUGAAAACUGUAAGUGAAACAGCAGUGUACCUGAAAUUUCAAUUGUUACUGUACCAACUAAUUUCUGGAAAAAUACCUUGUUUUACGUUUUAAAUGUCAUUGCAUUUUGCUUGUCUUGUCUCAAGUUAGGUUUAGUUGACUGCAGAGGUUCUUUUACUGCCUUUGGCUGGGAAACAGAACUCUGAACUUGACUCAUUCUUUCAUAGAGAGGCCGCAAUUUGUGAUGGUGGUUCCAACCAUGUUCUGUACUCUUUCCCCCCAUUUGGCAUAGCAAGAAAUAAAAUCAUACAUAACUACAAAUGA